AUCUGACCAUACUGCUGCUGCAAAAUUGUUUCUUUCCCUGAGCUGGUAGCAGCUGAAGAAUACUUGCACAGGAAGCAGCAGCUCUUCCGUCGGAUGGGAGUUAGCCAUGGGAAUCACUGGCCUGCUUCCGUUGCUCAAGUCCGUGACUCGACGGACGCACGUUCGCGAAUAUGCCGGCCGAAGGGUAGCCAUUGACACGUAUUCCUGGCUCCAUCGCGGAGCUUACGCCUGGAGCCUGGAGCUCUUUCAAGCCGAACCGUGUUAUGGGCACAUCCAGUUUUGCAUGAACAGGGUCAGAAUGCUUAAAAGGAAUGGCGUCAUUCCCGUGCUGGUCUUCGACGGCGGAAAGCUCCCCUCGAAAUCUCAGCAAGAAGUGAAACGAGAAAAGUCCAGGAAGGAGAACAUGGAGCGAGCACAGCAGUUUCUGCUGCAGGGUAAAGAGAGUGAAGCGAAGGAGUGCUUCCAGAGGGCUGUUGACAUCACGCCUGCCAUAGCUUAUGAGCUAAUAAAGGAGUUGAGGCAGCUGAAUGUGGAGUAUGUGGUGGCACCGUACGAGGCGGAUGCACAGAUGGCGUACCUGUGUGCCAGUGGCAUGGUGCAUGCAGUCAUCACAGAGGACUCCGACCUAAUCGCCUACUCCUGUCCACGGGUUCUCUACAAGAUGGACAACUCAGGCAACGGCGAGGAGAUCGAGUACGCCAACAUAGUGCAGUCCCAGGAGCUCGCCCUGGCGGACUUCACCCCUCAAAUGGUCCUGGAGAUGUGCAUUCUCAGCGGCUGCGACUACCUCGACAACCUGCCCAAAGUUGGCCUCAAAACGGCCCACGGCUGGAUUAAAAAGCACAGGGACUACCGCAGAGCACUGCAGAACGCGAAGCUGAAUGGGAGGGUUGUGCCGGAGGAAUAUGAGGCGGCGUUUCAGCAGGCGCUGGCGACGUUCCUGCACCACAGGGUGUAUCAUCUGACGGACGAGCAACUGACACAUGUCAACCCGCUGCCGCCCACGCUCCUUGGACCGGAUGCGGACCUGUCAUUCCUUGGACCAUAUCCUUGUCACGUCCCUCUGCCUCCCACGUUUCCACUGCCUACCCUGGUCACCUGUGCUGCUUUCCCUCCUCACGUGCUUGUCCAGAAUCACAUGCACUUUAAAGUCACAUCCGUUUCUGGUCACUAUGCCACUAUCUUCCGAGGGGGUGUUCCUUAACUGUGUGCAUCGAGCCGACAAUUCCCUGUUUCUGCCUCGUCGUGUGCCCCCCGAUUCCUCUUGCUUCUUGUGCCCUCUCUCGUUCACCCCGGCCUGUUCCCUCUCUUCUUGUGUUUCGGCUUUCCUCCUUCCCUUGUUUCUCCCGAUUCUUCUCAAUUCUUAUUAUCUCCACUGAGCUCGCUCCAAGCCUCGCCCGUGCAAUCGCUAUGGGUCAUGUGGACCCAAUCACGUACGAACCAUUUGAGACGAAUCCCAUACCCAGGCCAUUUCAAGAAGCGUCGUCAGCUCAACAAGGCCAGCAGAGCCCUGCAGCAGCAGCAACAGCAGCAGCAGCAGCAGCAGCAGCAGCAAGGGGGGUUCAAAGGGGAGCCACCAAUGGUAGGCCAAGGAGUGGUGGGCGCGGAGGAUUGGGAUUAAAGCAGCUGCCCGUGCAGAAGAACAAGCUGUCUAAGUACUUGGUCUCCGCGGCUCCUGAAGCCAAGAAGCAGUUCCAGCCGCCACGCGGCUCCCCAGUAACGCCUCCCACCCAAUAUUUCUUCCCGCCGUCCCGUCCCCAACCUGCCACCGAGCCUGCCCGUGAAGGCAAGGCAAAGACGCCACGGCCAAGGCGAUCUGUGAAGGCAUCUGCUGCAGGGGAAGGGAGUGCAGGGCCGAUAGUUGGGGAAGACCUGGCGCAGUUUAUGGCAGGAAUGUGCCCCGAGGGGGAGGAAGAGGAGGAGGAGGAGGAGGAGGAGGAGGAGGAGGAGGUGAACCUGCAGGGGAAGCAUGGCCUGCAGAUUCAGCACAAUGGGUUACAGCAGCAGCAGCAGCAGCCAUCUGCUCCAUCCGCGCUCGGUGGUCAAGGGCCCAGGGCUGCUGUCGCCCGCGUGUUCCAGCGGUUCACCCCGCCCCGCUCCAUAGCCGAGGCUGGGAACGCACCCCUGCCAACCUGGCAGCGCAGCAGGGUGGCUCCCAGGCGGUCAGCAGGAGUUGCUGCUGCUGCUACCGGAGAGGGGCAGGGGAAGACGCUAAUUGACUGGGAGAAGUUUGGGUUCCGCGGAAAUCGCGAAACGCUGGGAGAGCUGAGGGGAGAGGAGGGAGGAGAGUGGGUGGCUGAUGUGUCGGAAAGGGGUCUUGACGUGGAGGCUGAUCUGGGUACGGAUUUGGAUACUGAUUUGGAUGAGCUGCUGCUGCCGCCUGCCUUUGACCUUGUGGCUGACGUGCCGGGAACUCACCAGGUCAGGCAGGGCGGGUGGAGAGCAGGAGGGUGGAUGGGCAUGGGAGGGGCAGCAGGAGCAGCGAGGAGAGGAAGAGGACGGGGUACAGGAGGAGGGAUGGGUGUUAGAGGAGGUCGAGGACUGGGAGUGGGUGGUGCUGGUAGUAGCAUGGGGCAGGCAGGGGUGGUGUUUGAAACCCCGAAACGGAUGGUGGGGAGCGUUCAAGGGCUGGGAGGACUGCGAGGGCGAGGCGUUCGGGGGAGACUGGGGGCAGCUCACGUGGUGGUGCGGCAGGAGAUGUCCUGCUCGACAUGCGUGGCUCACUGCAAGCCCCUCAGAUCACUUGGGACACCGAUUUUUUGCUGACUCCGCCCGCCAAACGCCCCUCGUUGGAUGACGGGGUAUCUGGAGUCGAUGCCAGCUUCCUCUCUCUCACUGCAACACACACGAUCUGCACUACACACACACUCUCACACGUGCAAGCACACGGCAUGCACCAACUCGACCCAUUCUCAGACCCAUGGCCCUUGGGGGACAGCAGGGACCCUCUCCUCCCUCCCAUGGCACCAUCCUUCAGCCCCUUUGGCUUAGCCAGACCAUUUUCUCUACGAGAGAGGCAGCAAGAUGAGGAGCAGGAGCAGAAGGAGGAGCAGGAUCCCUUUUCCAGCCCUGUGGGAAGAUCUCUCCCUCCUGCGCCUUCUCCUCUGCUGUGUCCCGCCCCUCACUGCAGUGCUGCUGCUGCUCCACGUCACCCUCCACGUCCUCCUCUUCCUUCUGCUCGUGCGGCUGCUUCUUUCCUCUCUCCCGCAACUCUAGCUUCCACACCGCCAGCUGCUGCUGCCGCAAACCCGUUUGCUUCACACGUUCACCGUAGCCGCAUGCUGGGUGCAGCUGCUGAUGGUGGUGGUGUUCGUAGUGCUGGUGCUGCAAACGCUGCUGCAGCAGCUACCGCAGAUAGGGUGGAAGGUGCGCAUUUCUGGCACGAUAGAGACGCUGACGCUUUGGAUGGAGCAGACAGACUAGAUGCUGACGAUGCUGUGGAUCAGACAGGUGGGAUGGAUGGGAGGGCAGGUGGAGCAGGUGGAGCAGGUGGAGCAGGUGGAACAGGUGGAGCAGGUGGGACAGAUGCAGCAGAUAGUCCAGAUAGGGUAGAUAGAUAUGGAGGGCCAGGAGAAGAUCCAGAGCAGGAUGAGGCGCUCGGGAAGGCAAGGUACAGUGCACCUGGACGGCAGGGACUUGUGUACAGCAUGCCGGUUGCUGGCCUGCCUCCUGCUGAAGGGGUGAAGGCUGCAGCAGCAGGAGCAGGAGGAACAGCAGGGGGAGGCAGAGGGAGGGGUGUGGGUGGCAUUUCAGGGGCAGUGCAAGGGACGUUCAAGAGGAAUCUGGCACGGGGGAGUGCCUUUUUCAGGGAAAGUCCAGGUGACAGUGCUGGUGACGCUGACAAUGCUGGUGAUGGUGAUGCUGGAGAGUAUGCUGAUGGAGAUGAUGGGGAAGGGGAGCAGCGUGGUGGUGUUGAAAGGUGUGAUAUAGGGGAUGGGCCUUCUGCAGAGAUGCACGCGAGGAGUGGGAGCAGUGGCAUGAGUGGGCAGUCAUUUGCCACGGACGUUUCACACGUGCUGCGCUAUUCUGCGGUGGGGAAGGAUGCGAUGGGUCAGGUGGCGGCGAAACUGGCCAGCUUCAAGCACACUCCAGCUGAAAACAAGUCGAGGGGGAGGGUGUCGCGUCGAUUGGGCGGCCUGAAGAGACAAAGGUCUCUAGCAGGGCAACAUCCUUGCUCGUUUCAGGUUCGGCUCAAAGACACAAAGAUGGACCACUUUGUCAGGCGCGCUGCCCCUCAGCCUGCAGGCCUUGGUGUUGCUUUCAAAGAAAGUGGAGCAUUCUCCUCUAAAGAACAUUCACGAGCAAUUCUGGAGUUUGAUGUCUAGCAUUGCAUGCUGAUGAAUAUCCUUCAUUUUCGUCAUGUAAUUUCAUUAAUUGUUUGCACGAUGUGACAUUUUAUAUGUUUCUUGUGAACUC